UGUAUUAGCCACGAUCGGAUAUUCUUCCCCUGAGCUGCCCUUCACACCCGACCCUGCCUUGAAUUAGGAUUCCGUAGGAGAGCUGGGGGCACAGAAUGUUGUGUUCCCUGCUGUCCAGCUUCAGACCCACUCUUUGAGGUCUUGGAUUCUGACAAAUUUCCAGAGCUGAGAAGAUACCCAGAUGUCGAGGUCUGAAGGUUUGUGGAUACCCCCCGGUUGGGCUUCAUGGAGAAAUCUUCUUUGAUCACCAACCUGAAUCUCAGAGUAGCCUCCAUCUUUUCAUGGACAGAAUGAGAGGCCUUCUGUAACCAGAUAUAACUGGCCACUAUGAGGAAAUUGAUCAGGAUGGGGCCUCAAGAGAGGCGGUUACUCCGGACAAAGCGGCUUCAUUGGAGUCGCCUCCUCUUCCUACUGGGAAUAUUGAUCAUUGGUUCUACCUAUCAGCACCUUAGGAGACCCCGGGGCCUUUCCUCAUUGUGGGCAGCAGUCUCUUCUCAUCAGCCUGUAAAACUGGCCAGCCGGGACCUCCCCAGUGAAGAGAUUAUGAUGGUGAGCAGCGACCCUCCAAAACCUAGCUCUGAAAUGGGGGGCGAGAUGCUGGUACCUCAAGCCUCAGUGGGCAGUGAUGAAGCCACUCUGAGCAUAACAGUGGAUAAUAUCCCCAAUAUGCCUAAAAGAAUAGCCGAGAUGAUCUCAACAACCAAGAAUAUCUACAGCCCAACAGCAGCAGGUACAGAAAGAAGGAAGGAAAACACCCCAACAUUCAGUAGAAUACUGACUUACUACACACCAACUUCAAGCAGACAAAUAGUAAAAAAAUAUACCCCAAAAUCCAGGGGAGAAAUGAAGAGCUACAGCCCAACUCAAGUCAGUGAAAAGGUGAAGUACACUCCUUCUCCACAUGGUAGAAGAGUAGGCACUUAUGCUCCAUCCACAUUCAUGACAAUGGACACAAGCCAUGUGAUCACCCCCAGGACAACAGUGAAGGACAGUGACAUUAUGGCAACCUAUAAAAUACUGGAAACCAACUCUCUUAAGAGAAUGGAGGAAACCACCCCAACCACUCUCAAGGGAAUGGUUCAUAGCACCCCACCUUAUCUGACACAUGAGGUAGAAACAAAUGUUUUGACUUCUCCAAGGAACGUCGUGGAAAAAAACAACCUGACUCCCCCCAGAAGAAUGGAAAAUAACAGCUCAACCCAUCCCUGGGGGUUAGUGGGAAAGAACAACCUGAUGACUCAGGGAACAGUCCUGGCGCAUACCCCAGCCACCUCUGAGGGGCAGGUGACAAUAAGCACCAUGGCAGGCAGCAGUCCAGCAGAAACCAAAGCCUCCACUGCUGCCCGGAGUGUUAGGAAUCCCUCAUCCAGGACCAGUGUAUCAGCCAUCAAAACAGCCCCAGCCACAAUCUGGAGGUUGGCAAAGAAACCUUCCACAGCACCCAGUACCUCAGCAACCCCCAUGGUCAGGGAAAAGCUGACCACGCAGGUCCAUCACUGUGUGGUUGUGAAGCCAACCCCAGCCAUGCCCACCACUCUCUCCCCAAGCCUCACAACGGCCCUGCUCCCAGAGGAGCUCAGUCCCAGUCCUUCAGUGCUGCCUUCUAGCUUGCCAGACCUCCACCCCAAGGGAGAGUAUCCCCCAGAUUUGUUCAGUGUGGAGGAGCGGCGGCAGGGCUGGGUGGUCCUGCACAUUUUCGGCAUGAUGUAUGUGUUUGUGGCCUUGGCCAUUGUUUGUGACGAGUACUUCGUUCCAGCCCUGGGUGUCAUCACAGACAAGCUGCAGAUCUCCGAGGAUGUGGCAGGCGCCACAUUCAUGGCUGCUGGAGGCUCUGCCCCUGAGCUCUUCACGUCCCUCAUCGGUGUCUUCAUUUCCCACAGCAACGUGGGCAUCGGUACCAUUGUGGGCUCUGCUGUGUUCAACAUUCUCUUUGUCAUUGGCACUUGUUCCCUCUUCUCCCGAGAGAUCCUCCACCUCACCUGGUGGCCCUUAUUCCGUGAUGUCUCCUUCUACAUCCUUGACCUGAUAAUGCUCAUCCUCUUCUUCCUGGACAGCCUCAUUGCCUGGUGGGAGAGCCUGUUGCUGCUGCUGGCCUAUGCCUUCUAUGUGUUCACCAUGAAGUGGAACAAGCAAAUUGAGGUCUGGGUGAAGGAGCAGCUCAGCAGGAGGUCAGCGGCCAAGGUCACGGCCUUAGGAAACCUCAGCAAGCUCCCAUCCUUGCUGACCCGAGGGAGCAGCUCGACCUCUCUGCACAACAGCACCAUCCGCAGCACCAUCUACCAGCUCAUGCUUCACAGCCUGGACCCCCUGAGGGAAGUUCGCCUCGCCAAGGAGAAGGAGGAGGAGAGCUUGAAUCAAGAGGCCAGAGCUCAACCCCAAGCCAAAGCAGAAAGCAAACCAGAGGAGGAGGAGCCAGCCAAGUUCCCUGUGGUCACGGUCACAUCAGCCCCUGCUCCAGACAUCAAGGGAGAUCAGAAGAAGAAUCCGGGUGGUCAGGAAGAUAUGGCUGAAGCUGAAAGCACAGGUGAAAUGACAGGCAAAGGGGGCAAAACUGUUGGUGAAGGUGAAACCGAAGAGAAAAGUGGGGGUGAAACUCAACCAGAGGGUGAAGGAGAAACUGAAACUCAAGGAAACAGAGCAGAACAUGGAGAUGAAAAUGAAGCAGAAGGAAAAGGAGACAGUGAAGGUGAAGGUGAGGGUGAAAUCUGCACAGAAGACGGUGAAAUGAAAGGUAAUGAAGGCAAAACUGAAAGCCAUGAACUCAGUGGUGAAAAUCGUGAUGAAGCCAAAAAUGAUGAGAAAGAUAUAAAAGAUGAAGGGGGAAGUGAUGGAGGAGAUAGGGAAGAGGAGGAAAAGGAGGAGGAGGAAGAGGAGGAAGAAAAGGAGGAGGAGGAAGAGGAGGAGGAGGAGGAAGAGGAGGAGGAGGAGGAGGAGGAGGAAAAUGAAGAGCCGCUGUCCCUGGACUGGCCUGAAACCAGGCAGAAGCAGGCCAUUUACCUCUUCCUCCUGCCCAUCGUGUUCCCACUCUGGCUGACAGUCCCUGACGUCCGAAGGCCGGAGUCAAGGAAGUUUUUUGUUCUCACCUUCCUGGGAUCCAUCGUGUGGAUAGCCAUGUUCUCAUACCUCAUGGUGUGGUGGGCUCACCAGGUUGGUGAAACAAUAGGGAUUUCCGAAGAGAUUAUGGGCCUGACCAUCCUUGCAGCAGGCACAUCAAUCCCUGACCUCAUCACCAGUGUGAUUGUGGCUCGAAAGGGCCUGGGAGACAUGGCUGUGUCAAGCUCUGUGGGCAGUAACAUAUUUGAUAUCACUGUGGGCUUGCCCGUUCCUUGGUUACUUUUCUCUCUUAUCAAUGGAUUACAGCCAGUGCCAGUCAGCAGCAAUGGCUUGUUUUGUGCAAUUGUUUUGCUUUUUCUCAUGCUCCUGUUUGUGAUCUCUUCAAUUGCGUCAUGUAAAUGGAGAAUGAACAAGAUCCUAGGCUUCACAAUGUUCCUACUUUACUUUGUAUUCCUGAUCAUCAGUGUGAUGUUAGAAGAUCGAAUCAUAUCCUGUCCUGUAUCUGUCUGAGUCAGUCACUCUUGCUCACAAUGGGCAUAGAUCAGAAGACUAUGCCGGAAGUUACUGUUAUCUCUUGUGACAUUAAUGAAAGAACGUACAUGAUCCUGGAAAGUGAACUGAGUGACCAAGGACCUCUGAUGUGAAUGUGAUCUGAGACUCAAGUUUGUCCUUGGAAACACCUGCAGCUCACUGUGGAUUAAGAACCUCACCUCUGGAGGGGUGGAGUUUCUACCCGACUCAUGCAGACAUCUAUUACAUGGAGGCAGCAGAAGGACCCCUGGAGCCAGAGGGUUUUCUGAAUGAUAACUGGGGUCAAAGGUUGGGGUAGGCACAGCAGCUGUAAGACAAGCGUCUGGGCUCACCAUUCCCUGACCAUUUCUGAAGGGCUGCUGGCCCAAAAGAUGCAGAUGUGAGACGUGGUCUACAUCUCAGCCUUCCUGGCCUCUGCCUCAAGCACACAUUGCAAUUUUCUGUCUCCUCUCUUUCUGUUCAAAAUGUGAGGUUCUAUCAGGUUUGUAAUCACCACAGGUUCAGUUAUUGAUGAGUUUAAGGAUCCAAGGUUACAGGAAAAAAGAGGUAUAACAGGAAUCAAUGAUCAUUCCACGUUUUGUAAUCCACUGCAUCUGGAUCUAUACCAGCAUUUUCUACCUUAAAAGGAGGACUACUUUAACUCUUAUUGUUGUGUUUCUGAAAAGUGAAAUUAAACAAAGCAGCCUGAAAAAUAAACAUUUAUAAUUCAACCUUGAAUUGGAAGGAGUGGAGAUUAGGGAAGAAAACUACUCUAGAGGCUAUUUAAAAGUAUUAUUUAUUAGAACAUCCAAGUUCAUGUUGUCUCCAUCAGCGGUCACCUUGAGGAAUUAGACAUUCUAACAAAGCUGUCCUGGCUCCACCCCUCCAGCAUGUUCACACCCGACAAUGACAUUUGAGUGGAGAGGUAAGGGAGGUCAUUCUAAAGAGUCCAAAAUCAUCAGAGCCACAUCUGCUUUAUAAAGUGAAAGAUCCAGUGGGGCAAUGCUAUUUUUGUAUGUCAACCUAGAUAGGAUUACAAAGCAAGACUGAUUUCUUCUGUGGUUUAUGAAUGGAUCUUAAGAUAAUUACAAAGGGGAAAUUCCAAGAAUGCAUAACACAAUGACAACAUGGUGAGAAAAAGUGUAUUAUUACUUCCAAGGUAUCUAGUGUAAAGGACACUUGAAUUUUUAAAAAAUGUGGUUAAACAUUUUAUGUGGAAUUUGAUGAGUCUGUGUAUUAAAUACCACUGCUUGCUGCUUUUACUAGAAUCAAGUUAAGGGACAUAUUAGAAAUAAAACAUUUUACUAUCACUGGCUUCAGAGCAAAAUGAGCUCAGGUGACUGCAGAUUAUGAUGGCAAAUAUGGCUUUAAUUACAAACAUGAGGAAUGAUUCACUGAAGAUGAAAAGAUAGGACAGAUGUGAUGUGAAAAAAUCCAAACAUUUAGGCAUUGAGCAAUGGCUGAGGGGUUCCAAGUAUUCCGUCUUUUAAGAUGGACUGGUUAAUUAAUUGCCUCGCUACUCCAGGAUUCCCAUUCUUUGGAAAUAAUUUUUAUUAAAUUUCAAUAAACUGUGAAUCCCAAUGUAUUUUAUUUUACAACAUGGAUGGGCUCAUCCUUAUCUUUAGGUCACUUCUUCAGAAUCCUCCCAAGAAGACUGAGAAGAGUAUGGAAUCAUCUUCCAAUUUCACAUUCUUAAAUUAAUUAUCCUUAAUCCUCAUGCUGCUACACUGCUGGGUUUCCAAAGCCAUGGCCUAAGAACAGGAGGAAAGAGAAAUACCUUUGGGAUGGAGGUCCCAACCUCAAAAUUCUGGGUGCUAACUGGUGUCUGCAACCAGUUCCAGUUAGCUUCGGGGAUGCCAACCUCCUCACCCACAGCCUAGGAUCUGACACUUUUCCUCAGACUGAGAAAGGAGUGAUGAACCGCAAAACGCUGUGUAAUGAUAAAGUGCUGGAAUAUCCAUGUAAUGAUUAAAACCAACUCUAAUAAUCUCA